AGCCCCGGGGGCAGGAGGGGACAGCAGGGCUGAGCUGCCAGGCAGGAGCAGGCAGAAACCUCGGGAGCGUUUCCAUGGUCUGCUCAGAGCUGCGCUUGGAGCGGAGGAAGAGUUGGAGGGGAGGAAGAGCUGGAGAGGAGGAAAGGGUGCCCUGCGCCCAGCUCCACUUGGGAUCUUCCCAGUGGGUGCCGAGCCAACCUGGCAGGGACACCGGACAGAAAACACCUGGGACAAAAGCACAUAACCCCAUUUUGGGGUCACUGUGGGGACACCUGAACAGGACUGGGCUGGCGGGGCUGGGAGCAGAGAGGGGCAGCAGAGGGUCCCAGCAGAGGGGCAGGGCUGGAGCAGCACCUUUUGUGGCACCUCGUGAUGUCACCCAGGUCCCCUCGCUCGUGUAAACAGCGGCGCAGGGGACAUUCCACUUCCUCCUGAGCGCUCACUCGGCUGCGCUGAGCACGGCUGUGCCUGCAAAGGAAUGACCCUCCUGCCCUACACCACCACAGCCUCUUCCAGCAACCCAGUCAUGACCCAGAGCAACCAGAGCUGCUCCUCUCCCGACAACUCCUUCAAGAGCACCCUCUAUGCCACCACCUACACCCUCAUCUUCAUCCCGGGGCUGCUGGCCAACAGCGCUGCCCUGUGGGUCCUGUGCCGCUUCAUCAGCAGGAAGAGCAAAGCCGUCAUCUUCAUGAUCAACCUGGCCGUGGCCGACCUGGCCCACGUCCUCUCACUGCCCCUGCGCAUCUACUACUACAUCAACCACACCUGGCCCUUCGGGGAUGUCCUGUGCUUGCUGUGCUUCUACCUGAAGUACCUCAACAUGUACGCCAGCAUCUGCUUCCUCACCUGCAUCAGCAUCCAGCGCUACUUCUUCCUGUACCACCCCUUCCGAGCCAAGGACUGGAAGCGCCGCUACGACGUGGCCAUCAGCGCCCUGGUCUGGCUCGUGGUGGGGGUGGCCUGCGUGCCCUUCCCCAUCAUGAGGAGCCACGGGCUGGAAAAAAACACCAACUCCUGCUUUGCCGACCUGCAGGUGAAGCCGAUCGACAGCAAGGUGGGCACGGUGCUGAUGACCGGCACCGCCGAGCUCCUGGGCUUCGUGGGCCCGCUCGUCAUCAUCUUAUACUGCACUUGGAAAACAAGAGACUCCAUCCGGGGGUUCCACAUCCCGCAGGAAAACAGCGGGGAGAGGCGGAAGGCCCUCAGGAUGGUUUCCAUGUGCGCCAUUGUGUUCUGUGUGUGUUUUGCUCCCUACCACAUCAACUUCUUCUUCUACAUGUUGGUGAAGGAGAAAGUCAUCACCGACUGCUUCCUGAGCACCAUCACGCUCUACACUCAGCCCUUCUGCCUGAGCCUCGCCAGCUUCGACUGCUGCUUGGAUCCCAUCAUCUACUUCUUCAUGACUUCUGAGUUCCAGGAACAGAUUUCCAGGCACAGCAGCAUGGCCAUCCGGAGCCGGCUCAUGAGCAAAGAGAGCGCCUCGUCAAUGAAAGAAUGACAAGAAAGCCACCCGGAAAAAAUGAAGGUAUUCGAUAUGAAAUCUGAGACUGGUCUGGGAUACUCCAUUACCAACUCUGUUGUGGAAGAUCCUGCAGGUUUAUCCAGGGGAAUUUUGUGGCAGUGGAAUUUUUUCAGUGUAUAGAAGAUAAAACUCCAUCUAAGACUGGUAGGUUGGAAUCCGGUGAGUCACCCAACUGGUGUGACCAUUCCCCCACUGUGCCACCCACACCUGACCUCGCUGGACUAGAAAACACACAGGAGGGAGUGACAAAACUUUUACUGGGAAAUGGUGGAAAAGUCCCAGACUUUUCUUCUAUUUUCCCAGUUCCAGGCUCUAUGCUCAAGCCAGAGACAAUCCCACAUCCGUACACUGACGUCUGCUGAAGGAUCUUCUCUGGGAAAACCACACAAGAACCUGAAACUGGCCAGUGGCAACCAAAGGACAUUGUGGUUUGUGCAGUGAGGGCUGUGGACAGGUGAAGGUGUGCAGCUGGUUUCCAUGUGCUCCUGGGUUUAGCACAUCCCACUGGUCACCAGUGACCUCUGUUCCCCUUUUCCCUCUGCUCCCCCUCCCGCUCUGCUCCUCCUUUCCCUCCUCACCCAGCUCUGUUUGCUCCCUAAUUGCUGACACAUCCCAGAAUUUGCACCCGCAGCUGGUGCAAGACCCUCUGCAAGACCCUCUGCAAAUUCUCCUCAAACAUCCAGAGAGUGGCACCUUCCCUUGCUCCAGGUGACUUUCUUCCCCUCCAAGCUGGCAAGGGGGACAUGUGUAGGUGGCUUUUGCCUUUGGACCCCCUUGGGGCAGGACUGUGGUGGUCCUGGGGUCAGUGCAGGUGGGUUUGAUGGUGCUGGUGGUACCUCACUCUCUUCUGUGUGUGGUCCAGAGGUACCUGAGAUGAAUCUGCCCCAAAAAAGCUCAGCUCAACCCAUUCAGUUCAUGCAACUUCUAAAAAAGAGAGGAAUCCUUUGCCAAGGUGAUUUCACUGAUAGAGCAGAAGUUACAUUCAUAAAUUAUUGUGAUUUUUUUCCACCAGAUCCUGUCGUGAUCUUAAUGUUUACAUUUUUAGGUAGCUAUGCAAAGCAGCGACAAGGAAGGAUUAAUUUACCCCUUAUUUUUAAUUAGUUACACCUCUUCAGCCGAGUCCACCCACUCUGUAACUUCAAGGGUAUCUCAUGAUACCUGGGGAUGGAUUUGGCUGAACAGUCACCAAUUUAUUGCCUUUGGAAAUCUAUUUUCAAAAGAACGUGGACAGUUUGUACAGUCUUGCAACAAAACCAGAAGAAAUACCAGAAACACUUGCUAUAUGUAUUUUAACUCCAACCAUUCAAUCCCACUGAGUUACAUCUCAGCUCAGCCAAAUAUUUCCUGUAUGUUGUGUUUUCCCACUUCUCUGUUUUACAAAAAAAUGGGGAAAAGCCAAGAAUUAACAUUUAAACAACCAUUUCCCUGGAGUUUCUCUAAAAGGCAACGACACCUAUUACACACAAUAAGCUCUCAUAGUUCUCCUCCCAGGUGUGAGAAGAAGAUUUUGGGCUGAGUAGGAUGCGCUGGAGUCGAUGGAAAUGUUCUCUCUGAUGUCACUGGCACAAUAAACGUUUACGCUCUGCAAGGAGCCCCCUUCCAAAGGGGUGGAUGCUCACGGACAGAGUUAACCUCACACAAUUCAACUGUUGUCAGUUCAGGAGUCUCUCGUAAGCUACACUCUGUAUAAAGUUGUCAGGGUAUGACACUUCAGUUUCAGUGCUUGUUUUGAGGAUUUUUAUAGACCUUGCUCAGCCACCACGUGCCUGGGAGCUGCUUCCUGUCCCUUCAUUUUCACACCCUUCUCCCCUUGAUCAGGUGAAAACAAGCUGAGGGCACUUACGAGAACUCUGUAGCUCAUUCUGUGGGUUUUACUUCCCAAGAACUGAUGCUCAAAAAAAUAAAGGCUGUUUUGCAAACA